AUGAGCUUAAUCCAAUCCAAAAAGAGCGAUGCAUUUGUUGAGUAUGUCGCCGAGGAGACUUCAACGGGGGUCAUUCAAAGACCAAUACGGUUCGCUGGUCGAACUAUGGACUUGACACUUUUCGCUGUGACUCGAGCACUAGAUGUGAUAAUUGGAGAUUUGUGGUCUCGCCGUAGCUCUCCAGCCAAUCCAUCUGGUAAACGGGCAAUGAUCUCAAAAUUGAUUUCCACACUAGCCGACCCAGCAGUGUUUGCCAGCUCUAGCGCGCUUAUAAUGUGGGCAUGGAUAUACUCACCAGAUCGACUUCCAAGAUCCUACAACAAAUGGAUCAAGACAGCUGCCAUGGUUGACCACCGUCUCCUCCUCGCCUUACAACGCAUGCGAUUCGGUGAAAUCAAAUACGGCCUAGAAACAGGACAAGCACCACUCCUUCAAUCCAUGUGUACCGACCUGAACCUCCCACUAUCCUACGGUGAUCCCGUACAAAGCAUCCCCUAUCCCUGUGAAAUUGUCCACAUGGGCAGUGGAAAGAACUGCGAAUACCACGCUCUUUCCCGCCUAUUACGAGGUUUCACCUGGGCAUUCUCAACGUAUCUGCCACUAAACCUCAUCCUCGCCCUCCGAAAUCCAAACAAAAGGGCUCUUCUCCACGCCCUAAAAUCUUCUAUCCGAUCCUCCGCACUUCUAGGCUCCUUCAUCGCGCUCUUCUACUACGGAAUCUGUCUCGCUCGUUCACGUAUCGGUCCAAGAAUCCUAGGUACCUCUACCGUCGCAUGCCAGAAAAUCGAUUCUGGCAUUUGUAUUGCUAGUGGGUGUGCUGUAUGUGGUUGGAGUGUGCUUCUCGAGAACGCGGGACGGAGGAAGGAAUUGGGUCUUUUUGUCGUGCCGAGAGCGCUGGCUACGCUGUUCCCGAGACGAUAUCGGUGGGAGGAUCGGUGGGUUGAGCAGCUUGCUUUUGCGGGGAGUGUGGCUGUUGUGUUUACGUGUGUCGGUGAGAAGCCGGAGAGGGUAAGGGGGGUGUUUGGGAAGUUGUUGAGGGAGGUUUUGGUGUAG